UCAACGGGUGUACCAAAGGGGGUUGUGGUCACUCACAAGCAAAUACUGGCUGCGUUUCACUCUAUACGGACGCUGUUUCACGAGCGAUUCGACCACCCGGAGCCCAGACAAACCUACCUGGCCUAUCUGCCCCUAUCGCACACGCUAGAGUUUUGCGCCGAGGCAUACCUAUUUAGCUGUGGGGUAAAAAUAGGUUACGGCACGCCAUACACUCUAACCAACGCGGGCACAGCCUUACCCGAGGGCACACCGGGCGACAUAACACUGCUCAGGCCUACGUUCAUGGCAUCCGUGCCCCUCAUACUGGACCGUAUACGGCGGGACAUUGAGCUGAAUGUGUCCAAACGUGGUCAAUUGUUUAAGAGUAUUUUCAACUAUAUCAUUGAGUAUAAGGUCCAGUGGCUGCGCCGGGGCUUUCGCACCCCUAUCAUCGAUAGGUUGAUCUGUUCGGGGAUCAGGUCUCAGAUCGGAGGCCGACUGGAGUUUAUGAUGGUGGGCGGCGCACCGCUCAACGUGGACACUCAUGAUUUCUUACGAGCUUGUUUGAAUAUUAAGUUGUGUCAGGGCUAUGGGUCGACAGAGUUGAUAGCGUCGGCCACAUCCAUGGACUUUGACGACCUGAGCACCGGCGGCAUCGGUGGGCCCCUAUUCGGUGUGAAAAUACGCUUGGUCGAUUGGGAUGAGGGCGGCUACAAAGUGACCGACCAGCCCGAGUCCAGGGGCGAGGCUGUGGUGGGCGGACAUAACGUGGCCCUCGGCUAUCACGGGUUGGACGAGUUGACUGCCGAGGCGUUUGAGACCACUUUGACGGCUACGCCAACAGCCGAGCGCCGGAUGCGGUGGUUCAGGACCGGCGAUAUAGUGGCCGUUUCGGCCGACGGCCUGUUCCGCAUCAUUGACCGCAAAAAGGAUUUCGUUAAACUCCAGUUCGGAGAGUAUAUAUCAUUGGGUAAAACAAUAUAUUUGGUGGAGUUAGAACUGAAAAACUUCCGGUUUGUGGACAAUGUGUGCGUUUACGGCGACUCUUACCGGUCAUACCUGAUAGCCAUCGUAAUACCCAACCAGAAGGCCAUGCAAUCGUUGGCCGAACAAUUGUUGACCGGGGUGGAAAGCGACAAACUGAUCGACCUGUGCCGUAAUCCCAAAAUUAUUCACCACGUACAGAAUGAGCUACGCCAGUACUGUCAACAAGGUGGAAAGUUGCACAAAAUGGAGAUACCGGCCCGGGUUAUGCUGUGUCCAGAGGAAUGGACCACGGGCAAUGGUUUAGUCACACCGGCGCUUAAAAUUAGGCGCAAAAAUAUACAGAAUUUUUACCAAGCACGAAUUGAUCAACUCUAUGCA